AUCGCUUUUUCAGUGACGGGACAGACGGAAGGAACGUGGUAGCAGCGCCAUCAAACGCGUGACAAGAUGAAUCGCGAGAAACGAGCGUGAAGGGGCAAGACCCGGACCAGAGCCGACCCGACCAACCAGCAGCCACGCGAUACACAUAUCCCACACAAGCGCACGAGUGGAAAUUAAAUUAGCGGCUUCGACUGAGACACCAUAUUCCCGCGGGCCACGCACCCCGUAGAUCACCGGCCGGUUUCCCUUCUUGAGAGAGAGAGAGAGAGAGAGAGAGAGAGGAAAAAGAGUGAGAGAGAGAGAGAGAGUCGGCUGUGAGGCCGACGACGACACAGCCGACGACGUCGGUGACGGCGACGUCUAGAGCCCAGGAGAGAGAGAGAGAGAGAGAGAGAGUGCGAGGCGCGUAACGGUGGCGUUUGGAAAAUCGGACGACGUCUCGGCCCGAGACUUCUAGAAGAUCCAACGGGCGCGCCGUGGACAGGCGGCCACGGGGGAGCAUCUGCCAGGCGAUUUUCGUUCGAGAGACGCGACUCUGCGGAAUCUGCUGAGAAAGAAAUAGGGAUUUUCUUCGACAAUGGCAGCAUUACCACGGAGGAUUAUUAAAGAAACGCAAAGAUUGAUGCAAGAACCAGUUCCUGGUAUUAGCGCUGUACCAGAUGACACAAACGCUAGGUAUUUUCAUGUUAUAGUAACGGGACCUGAAGAUUCGCCAUUUGAAGGUGGACUGUUUAAGCUCGAGUUGUUCCUACCAGAAGAUUAUCCAAUGUCAGCACCUAAAGUUAGAUUCAUUACAAAAAUUUACCAUCCAAAUAUAGACAGAUUAGGCAGAAUUUGCCUGGAUAUUCUCAAAGAUAAAUGGAGUCCCGCUCUUCAAAUCAGAACAGUUUUGCUGUCUAUACAGGCGCUCCUGAGCGCGCCCAAUCCCGAUGAUCCUUUGGCAAAUGAUGUAGCUGAACUUUGGAAAGUCAACGAAAGCGAAGCGAUACGUAAUGCCAAAGAAUGGACUCGAAGAUAUGCUAUGGACAACUGAUCUCAGCCUUGUCAGACCGUCAACGACAAAGCAAAACAACGUUAUUCCUACCUUUCCCAGACUUUUGAUCACCUUACCCGCACCAACUGCGCGUAUCCAGCACUUGUGUCCACAAUUUUGCUAUAAAACUAAUAAAAAGUUUUGUAAGAGUAAAACAGAAUGGAUAUUUUCUAUAUAUUAUGGGGGAAAACGCAAAGGCACUGUUGGAUUUAUUCGAUUGCUUAUAUUGAGAAACAAACUUGAUAAAUAUCUCUUCCUACGUAUUAAAUGUUGUAUAGUUUACAAGAGAACCUCGUUUUGUGAAAAAGACAGACGAGAUAAUGAGAUGUGCUAUAUAUAUACAACACACAAGCUAGAAGUCAAAUGUUAAAAGUAUGCGACCUGUUCUAUUCCCUCAUUAUAUCGCUAUGGAAUCUUAUGUGCAAUUUCCAGAGUUUAUAUAGACCUUUUUUUCUUAUUUCUGACAUUCAAUCUUGAAAUUUGGAAAGGUUUAUGUUUCAAAAUAAACAAAUUCUCUUCUCUUCCUUAUUGUGAAACAAGCUUAUUAUAUACUAACUGGUUGUCUCUCUGUUUCUCUUUCUCUUUAUUAUAGAUGUCUCUAGAAUAGAAACAAUUGAGAAAAUUAAUUUUAUAUUAAAAAAAAUCCAUUUUUUUAUAAAAUUUAAACAAUUAGCUAUUAUUUCGCGUAUUUUAGUCUAUCAAAGAAGCUACACAAGCAUUUUCAAUCUCUGUAAUCCAUCUUUCAAUGUUUCCAAUUGUUUUAACGCAAUUGUUAACGAGGUUUGGCAUACGAUAACCAACUGUUUAAUUUUUAAUGUAACAAUAAGAAAAAAAAACAUUCGAAUAUAUUUGUUUGCUCAGACGGUGAAUUAUAUAAAGGCAGAAAUAUUCCAUUAUUACGUUAGUGAAAUAAUUGCCAAUUUAAUUGCUUAUAUGUAAAUAUAAGUAAUAAGAGUAGACAAAUUUUCUUUAUUUGUAUUUCACAGUAAAAAAAUUUAUAUUUAUUAAAAUAUAAAUCUAAAUGAUGAACACAUAUAGCAAAAAAAUUUAAAUUUCCAUAUAAUAAACUUGUGUUAUAAGAAUUGCUUGUAUCUGUAUGGAGGUAAUGUGUAAAAAAUAUAUAGGAAAAGUUAUAUAUAAAAUAUUUUCCACUUAAUUAGUAAAAGUAACAGUCAUAAAAGAGAAAAUCGCGAACAUGUGAAGAACUAGUUAAAUUUAUAACAUAUAUAUACAUAAAACUUUUAUAUAUGUAUAUGUAUAUAUAUAUAAAUAUAUAUAUGUAUAUAUAUAUAAAAUGCACAUCGUGUGUAAUUAAAUAAAUAGAAAAAUACAAGUAUGAACAAUAUUCUCUCUUUGUGUAUGUAAUAAAAUGAUGACUAAGUAAUAUAGUAUGUACAUCCACAUUAUUUAUAUAAUUAGAGUUUAAAAUAUAUAUUCGUCGUAAUACACAUUGGCUCAAUAAACUAUACUAUAAAAAUAUUUAUCAGUCGUUUAUAUCUGAUGUACAUCUUGUUGCAACAAAAUAAGUAUGAAAUGAAGGUGUGUACAAGCAGUUAGUAUAUAAAUAUACUUGUGAAAAAUAGAAGGGCGUCACACGAGUCGCCUUAUUAAUCAUUAUCAUUAUAAUAUAUACAUAUACAUAUAUAUACAUACAUAUAUAUAUUAUAUAUAUAUAUUAUAUAUAUGAAAAGCACCUUUGUAAAAAAGAAAUUAGGGACACAUGGGGAUAUAGAUAAAAAGAACUGUAGAUAAUCUGCAAUAAUAAAGAGAUUAUAUAUUAUUAAGAGUUUGGGAUAUAUAUAUAUAUAUAUAUAGACUUAUUCUUUUGUAUGCAUAAUUAUCAUCAUACUUGUAUCGUCUCUGUAAGAUUCUCAAAAAAAAGCUGUAGCAACAUUAAUUAAAUUCCAUAAUACCAUAUGUAUGUACAGUUUGUUGUAAAUCAUCAUCGGUGUGAAAUAUUUCUCGCGAGCACAUAAGUUUCCUUUUUUUUUUAUUCGCUUUCCACAGAAACAUUUCCAUGUUUAUCAUUUUAUUAAAAAUCAUCAAACUACAUCAAACGUGUGUUUUGUAGUACAGAAUUGUUGAUUAGAAAAACUAAUAAUAAUUAGUAACAUUUACUAAAUAGAGAGAAAGAACCAAUAGGUAUACGUAUAUGUAAAAAAAACCAAUUUCUUUUAUAAAAAUACAUAUAGGUUUUUUUUUUUUUAAAUAGUAUAACAUAUACAUUUCCGUAUUUCUCUUGCAAAAGAAGGAUGUAUUGAUACCUUAAUUAACACAUUUAAGUAUCUGUUGAGGAAGAAGUUUGUUGUGAAAGAUGUUGUGUAGGAAAAGGAGUAAACUUGAUGAAUCUACUUUUCGCGAUAUUAAUAGCUUUAGAUAAUUUUAAACCGCUUUUCUUAAACGCUUCAUAAUAUGUAUAUACGUCACCGCUUCACAUACAUGUAGAAUUUAUUUUGAAAGAAAUAAAGCCUUUGUGAAAAAAAAAAAGAAAAAUAGUGGGAAAGGCUAUACUGGCGUCACACGUUGUGCUGCUCCGAAGACCGUGUAGUGUUAAUGGAUGGAACCACGUUUCGAAGUUUUGAAUUCAAAAUUACAUUUUAUUGUAUCUUAAUAUGGACUAGCAUAUAUACCAUAUACACAUUCAAUAGCUCACUUAAUAGUUUUAUAUAACUUAUUAUACACUCACAAACAUUGAUAAAGACAGUCAUGAUUUUAUACUUUUGGUAGUAUGUUUCAUGACUGGUGAAGCUACAGCGCAAGCUCUAUAUAUGUGUAAGAUAUAAUUAUUUUUAGUUCUUAUGAAUGGCUGGGUUGUGUUUUUUUUUGUUUUUUUUUGUUUUUUUUUUCAUCAAUUAUUUCUCAUAACGCGAUUCUGACUGCAAUUUCGGAUCUAUCAUUCAUACUGACUUUGCACGAUCAUUAUAUAUAUUCUUUAUUUUGUAAGGCUUAAUGAUGCAAAAUGUGCUUUGUCAUUAAAUUAAGUGUCUCUGUUUGAAAGGACGAGAUUAGUAGAAAUAUCGUACAAUGCUUGGAAUUAUAAUAAAUUGAAUGACGAAAAAACUUCGUUCGUGUUUUUAUAUAUGUAUAACAACAAUAUGCUUAUUGAAACUUUUUAAAUGGAACAAAUCCGCUAGAUCUUUCUGCUCUCUCUCUCUCUCUCACACUCGUCUAUAAUAAUUUACUAAUAUAUAAUAUCAUGUAGAAAAGUUAAAAAUAAAUUUUAUAGAAAAAAUUUAUGCGAAGAAUAUCGAUAGAAUAUAUCAACAAAUAAUAUUAAACGGUUCUAAUAUGCAUUUAUUUAUUUACCUAUUUAUUUGUUUAUUUAUUUAUGCUCUUAAUAUGCUUUUGGUAUAAGCUACACUUUAAUAAUCAUUUUUNUUUUUUUUUUUUUUUUUUUUUAGAAUUAUUCAAAGUAAAAAUUUUUCGCGCGAAACGAGAUUCUCGAGUAUAAUUAAAUGACGAUGCGAUGUGUGUGUGUGUGUGUAUGUGUGUUCGCGCGAAUAUAUAUGUAAUAACGUGAGAUUUCGCUUUUGUUUUGUUUUUUUUUUUAACAAACAACAUAUGAGUAAUGACCACGCAAGGCCAGAUUUGAUAGUGCGCAAGUUGCAGAUGAUUUUUUUUAUUAUUAAAAUGUAGCUAGACACACACAUUCAGUCACAGGGUGGCUUGCGAUGGCUGAGUAUUUAACUUAUUAUGUAUACAUACUUUUUAUUCUUUUUAUUUAUAUUUAUAUAUAUAUAUAUUCAUCUUAUUCUCUUAGUGUUAAUGACUAGAUAAGUUUUUCAGCCACCGAAUAUAUAUAUAUAACAUCUUGUUUGAUCCCAUAUAUUAUAUUUUUCAUACCGCUCUGUUGCUUACCGAAUAUAUGGUUUAAAAUUUCUAUGCCAAAAUCCAUUAUCCUUACGUACAUGUAUAUAUAUAUAAUAUCGCGAUUUUUUUUUUUUUUUUUUUAAUUCUAUAUUCUGGAUGAUUCUGGCAACGGACGAUACUUUCUGCAAUAUUUAUUAAAUAUUUGUCCACAAAGAAUUGAAAUUCUAGCCGACACACACGAUGAUAUUAUCAGUUCCCCACAUGAUAUGCAAUAUCCGUAAUAUAAUUUGCUAUAUUCUUUUUUUUUUGUUUUCAAUGAAGUGUACAUACAUAAUUUGCAUUAUCGUAUGUAUAUAUAUAUAUAAAUAUAUAUAUAUAUUUAUACACAUAUAUAUUUUUCGAGACAUUUCCCACACAACUAUUCUCUCCCUCUUACACGCGCAUCUUCGACUCGCGACGAUCGCGGGAUCUGUGUUUUUCGCUUUUUUACUAAGUAAUAGACAACAAAAAUUCUUAUAUAUAUACACGCUCUUUCAUUCCUAUGUUUGUUUGUGUGUGUGUGUGUGUGUGUGUGUCUUCCUGAGAAUCGUUCUGUACGAAAUGCCGCGUCUAUGGCAAACGAGAGAGAGAUCUUCGAAGAAUAUUAAAUAAUUUGAGAAAAAAUCGACUUAAAUUCAAACACAACAAUGCACAAGUAAACACGACACACGUGUUCUGUCGCUUUGAGCGACAGAAGAGAUGUCGACACGACACACGUUAAACAUCAAAAUCAAAAAAUACCAUUAGUUUAUUUUGUUACAAAAGUAACGUUUCUUGUUGCCUGGGCACAUUUGAAAAAGUAUGCUGAUAUAUAUUUUUUACAAUAUGUAUUUAUGACACGCAAUAUGAACACAUAGUAAUUCAUUCGACUUACAUAAACUUUCUCCGAGGAGAGGAUAAAAACAAAAGGAAAAAUUCAGAAUUUUGUAGAGUAGAAAGAUGUAAAUAUUCAGUAAACGGUGCAAAAAGAGAUAACUCACACACACAAUCAAAGCCGAGCGAAAAAAAACUGUGUGUGAUCUUUUCUUAAUAAAAAAAAAAAAAAAAAAAAAAAAGAAAAAAUCAAUUUUUCAAUUCGCAAUAAUCAAACAGAUUUUGCACGUGAGAUUUUUACUGAAGACUUUAUGAGAUUCUGAAUU